UCUCAUACAGAUAUUGGUAUAAUUUUUUUAUAUAUACCUUAGUCCUUUCUUCAACGCUGUAGUCUGAUAGUGUGUAAUUUUAAUCUUUAAGUAAUGUGACUGAGACAUUAGAGCGGAGCAGAGGAGAGAGGAAAGCCAGCCCCUCCCCUGCUGUUAACGCCCCUUGGAUCAGAUAGCAGCCAGUUGCAUUUCCCCCCCUCGGAGGUCUGGUCUGCUCCGUAAACUCAGCUGCUCUGUGUGCUGCCGAACUGGCAGAUGGGACUGCUGAUCACUGCCGCUCACUGCUGGAGAGGAAGAAGAUGAGACCGUCCUGCAGCGCAGACUCCUGAUAACAGCGACUCAAGCGCAUCCAGAAUCCACUCUGGACCCUGUCACACUAUAUUCAGGAUCUUGCAGAAAACAAAAUCGAAACAUGUUGGGGGCCUCAAGAGGAUCCUUCAUCCUAUUUCUUCAUCUGGUUUUACUAUUUCCUGAGGUUAGAGUUAACAAGCUGCGGAAAGGAAAGCUCCUGGACUACCAAACGUUGUGUGUGUGUGCCGGUAACAUCAUCAGCUGCUCUAAAGUGAAUCUGACCGACGUUACCGUCGAUCUUCCUGAAUACACAGCUGUUCUGGAUCUCAGCUUUAACUCCAUCAAAGAACUCCGUGCCGCAUGGACCAUAAAGGAUCUCAAAAGUCUGGAGAAGAUGCUGCUGAACAACAACGGCCUCACCUUCCUCUCCUCUGAGGCGUUUGUGCAUGUGCCACAGCUUCGUUACCUGGACCUGUCCUAUAAUGGCCUUAAGCUCCUGGAUGAGUUCAUUUUUGAGCCGCUAGAACACCUGGAGGUGCUUCUGCUGUUCAAGAACCGCAUAUCUCAAAUCGAUCGCACUGCCUUCUCCACCAUGGGCGCCCUGCAGAAGCUCUACCUGAGCCACAAUCAGAUCUCGCGCUUGCCCUUGGAGGUGCUGAAGGAGCGAAGCAAGCAGGAUUCUUUCAAACUGCUGGAUGUUUCCUCAAACAAAAUCAAAGUCUUGCCAGUGCAGGAGCUCCAGGCCAUGCGUGCCUGGAUCAAGAACAGCGUCUACUUCCACAACAACCCUCUGACGUGCAGCUGCGAGCUGUAUAACCUGGUUGCCAUCUGGCACCUCAGAGGGCUGGGGUCUGCCUCCAACUUUGCAGGCAACCACACGUGUGGUGGAUCGGGUAAGCAAAAUGUAAAAAUACUGGAUCUGAACUGCACUGAGGUCAACGUUCUGAAGAAAGAGGCCUACCUGGAGCAGACCCUGCUUCUAGACUGCGACACCCGACAGAAGUACAUGAGUAAGAGUUGGGUACUGCCAGGAAACAUCACAGAAUUUCCGACAAACCGCUCCGACGUUAAGGAUGGUGGUAAUUACCUCAGCGUCGGGCCCCUGAAGGUGGAGGACUCCGGCGUUUACACCUGCCAUGCUACCAAUGGCUCCUUCAGUGACACGCUGCACAUCAAUCUGGUCGUGUACAACUACACAAAGCGGGGCGGACUGGAUGAUUUAAAAACAGCAUACACCACCCUGGGAGCAUGCGUGAUUAGCGUAGUUUUGAUCCUUGCCUACCUCUACGUCACGCCUCGUUGCUGCGCUUAUUGCUCCAGCGGGACCAUGGAGAAGGACGAGCCCGGGGAGAGCCUCCACUCCUCGACCGUGAGCCUCCCCGUGUCUCACGGAGACCGAGGAGCGGAGGCCGGGCCCUUCGUCUUCAGACACGGGGCCUCGCAGGACAGCAAGGAUCUGCAGGAGCUGAACGGGAGACUAAAUCCAAUAGGGGAGGAAGACGAGGAGUGGCCAAAGGAGAGCAGGAAGAGCUAAAGGUCUGAGGCUCUGCCCAGCGCAGGGAGCAACGAUACACCAAUGGUGACAAAAAACAAUCUAGAUCAAUGAUCAAUGUGUUGCUGUGUAUUACUGUAACUGAAUGUGUGAAUAAGAUUUCUUUAAAAGUCAACUUUGGGUUAGCGGCUCGGUUUUCAGUGAUACACUGCUCUCCACAUCCAGCGUCCCUGCUGGUAAAGAUGUGCAAAAAUCCCUUAGAAUAACUACAAUCAUUUCUCAUAAUAUUGCAA